GUUCCUAUUCCUAUUGUCAGUUGUUUUAAGACAUCUUGAAUUAUUGCUCUGUUACUAUAAUGUAAUAUCAAGUAUAAAUAGUCUGUAUUCUUCAAAUCGAUGUAGUAUUCAUAUGCAUAUCGCAGUUCGGUGCAUUUCAUCAUGAUCAGGGUGUUGUUGUUAGUAUGCUUGGUGUCUUUGUCAGUAGGUGAUGUACCGAAGCCAUUAUUGAGACCUUUGCCUAUUGGUCCUGUCAUACCUCCCGUAGCAGCAGCUGACCCUUUCUACCCUUAUCGAGGAGAACCAGCAGCUUACGGGGGAAAAUUCUCAAUCCUGAGCUACGAGAAUGAUGUUAGACCUGAUGGGAGUUACAGAUAUUCAUAUGAAACCGAGAAUGGCAUAGCAGCAGAGGAAGAGGGUGCUAUACAUGCCGUUGGUACUGAUACUCCAGUUGUAGUAUCUGGAGUGUACUCUUAUACAUCUCCUGAAGGCUUGCCAGUGCAAGUGAGCUACAUUGCUGAUGAAAAUGGCUUCCAACCUACAGGAAAUGUCUUGCCUUCCAGUCCUAAUGCCAUUAUAGGAGCAAGGGAAGGAAUCCUGGGAAAAGGGCUUUUGGGACGGGAACCUCUGCUUAGACGAGAUCCACUACUAAGAACUAGCCCACUUUUAAGACCUCUUGGGAUACCAGGCAAGCCCAUAGAAUGA